AUGUUAGUGGAAGCCCAGUUCACGUACUUUGGAAUGUCCACCCAAGACUUAGCAACAGCGGCCGGCGAACCUACGGCUACGCCUGCGCCUACGCCACCUGCGUUCAACCCGUUCGCGGUAGAACUUCCGGACAAGUUCGAUUUUCGACAACCGAAGGGGUGGAAGCGCUGGGUGACGAGAUGGGAGCGGUACCGGAUCAUAUCGGGCCUGCAGAAACAGGAUAGCUCGACACAGGUGAACACGUUCCUGUACGCUAUGGGGACCGGGGCAGAAGACGUCCUCGUUUCCAUGCGACUAACGGACGAAGUAGCCAACGACUACGACAAGCUCAAGUCAGCCUUCGACAAGUACUUCGUUCCAAGCCGUAAUGUGAUCUACGAGCGCGCGCGCUUCAACCUGCGCUCUCAGUUGGGACACGAAACGGUGGAAGAAUUCGUUAAGGAGUUACACCGGCUAGCAGAGUUCUGCGAGAUUGCUUCGCUCAAAGAAGAACUUAUUCGAGACAAGCUGGUUGUUGGCCUCCGGGACAGUCGUCUGAGUGAACGGCUACAAUUGCAUUCCCAACUCACACUGGAGAAAGCGGUGACAAUCGCCCGAAACUCUGAGGCUGUGAAGGGCCAGCAGAAUCUUCUUCGCGGGAACGAACCGCCAUCGCAGGCACCGACGUCGAAUACCAUGCUAGACGUCGUCACUUCUGGCAGGCCAGCUUCACACAAGGGACGGCACUCUGAAGCCCGGCCUCCAGCUCAUCGACCGGCACAGCCAAAGUCCGAUCCCUGCAAAUGGUGUGGGUCGAUGCGAUUCCACCCGAGGAUAGAAUGCCCUGCACCGGGGAAAGUCUGUAGCCACUGUGGGAAACUGGGCCAUUUCGCGUCAGUCUGCCAGACUACACCGGCGCCGAAGCCAGCAUCCGGUCGCGGACGGCGUGGGUGCCGGCCCAAGCAAUCGCGGAGAGCACUCGAAGAGGUAUUCCUCGAUGGUCUACAGCAUCCCUCAUCGUCAGACGCCUGGUUUAUUACGGUCCUUGUCAACGGCAGACCAAUCAAGUUUAAGGUUGACACUGGAGCAGAUGUCACUGCCGUGCCAGAGUCAGCCCUGUAUCCGGAGACGCGACGCUCUGCGACACGUCCUACGAAGAGGCUCUACGGCCCCGGCAAGUCCCUGAUAAACACUCUAGGUCAAGUACACGUCGACAUGAGCUGGAACGGCCAGACGACCAACCAGGAAGUCUUCAUCAUCGACGGCCUACAACACGCUCUGCUAGGUCGACCAGCCAUCAAGGCCUUGGAGGUUCUCCCUCAACUUCUCGAAAUCGGACACGAUCACGGACACGACUGCAUUGCGUCAAUGUACCCUGAGCUCUUUGGAGGCCUAGGACUGAUGAAGGCAACAUACAGCAUUCACCUGGUUCUGGGACCGAGGCCAUAUGCAGUAACUUAUCUAAGACCUGUACCUAUUCCAUUGCUACCAAGUGUACAAGCCGAAAUACACCGAAUGGAAGAGCUUGGCGUAAUUCAAAAGGUAGAGCAUGCCACGGAAUGGUGCGCACCGAUGGUAGUUGUAAGGAAAAAGAACGGCAAGCUACGCAUCUGUGUUGAUUUCGGCGAGCUCAACAAGCAAGUCGUCCGUGAGCGCGUGAUCAUGCCGACGGUAGAAGAGAACCGCAGCAAAAUCACGGAAGCUAAGGUGUUCAGCAAGCUCGACGCCAAUGCUGGAUAUUGGCAAGCCCCCCUAUCACGAGAAAGUCGCGAACUGACCACCUUCAUCACCCCGUUCGGAAGAUACCAGUUUCUUCGUCCUCCCUUUGGUAUCGCGACUGCCCCGGAAUUUUUCCAACGAGAGAUGUCACGGAUACUUCAAAACCUCGACGGUACUGUGUGCCAUAUGGAUGAUGUCUUGAUCUACGGGAAAAAUCAAGAACAACAUGACAGGCGUCUCCAUGCAGCGUUGCGUAAACUCUCAGACGCGGGCAUCACCCUCAACGAGGAGAAAUGCCAGUUCAGUAGGACCAGGAUACACUUUCUGGGUCACGUUCUGGACGAACGGGGGAUCUAUGUUGACCCCGAGAAGACCGAAGCCAUACACAAGAUGCGGGCACCUGAGUCUGCUAGUGAGCUACGGUCGCUCUUCGGGAUGCUUACGCACUUGAUGAAGUUCCUUCCGCGGUUGGCCGAAAAGACGAAAGUACUUCGUGAACUCCUUUCUUCGGAUGCCGCUUGGUACUGGGGUCCACAGCACGAGCAAUCGUUCCAACAGAUCAAGAAGCAACUCACAACCAGUCCCGUUCUGGCGUACUACUCUCCGUUGCGACCACACACCUUGUCCGUGGGCGCGUCGUCCUACGGCCUCGGAGCAGUGCUGCUCCAGGAGGAAACUGACGGUCGACGUCAUCCAGUUGCGUAUGCGUCGGGGCUCCUGACUCCGACUGAGCAACGGUAUGCACAGGUAGAGAAAGAAGCUCUUGCGGUGACGUGGGCAUGCGAAAAGUUUCGUAUGUAUAUCCUGGGCCUUCGCUUUCAGGUGGAGUCUGACCACAAACCCCUCGUGCAAAUCUUUAACACCAAGAGGCUCGACGACCUCACUCCGCGCCUACAACGAUUGCGUAUGCUGACUCUGGAAUACAACUUCUCUGUGACGUUCGUACUGGGGAAGCAGCUAUACACAGCGGAUAUCCUGUCAAGAAAUCCACUUUCGCGCACCGACGACGUUGGCGGCAACUUGGAGUCGGUAGUGGCAGAAUACGAAAUCCUCACCGUCGAGUUUUUACCUGCUUCUCACACCAUGCUGUCACGCAUAAGGGACGCCCUGAAGAAAGAUGCGACCCUUCAUCAAGCCAUGGAGUACUGUGAAACACAGUGGCCAAAGUUCUCUUCCAGAAGACGUACGGAAAUACGUCAGCGUGGCUGA